CAGGAAUAUAUCACAGCACACUAGGCCAAAAACACAAUGAAUUGGAAUCUCUUGCUUCCUGAAUAUCCAGCAUGGCAACCCGAAUGGAGCCGCGGAGAUAUUCGACUAACAUUCUUCAAAUGUUUAAAAUGGCAGGAAGAGCGCAAAGUUGUGUUCAGUCGAAAAGAUACUUGCUUCCUUCUGGUCCAAUUGCCCUUCCGCUGAUCAUCUUGGCCCUAGCCAAGGGCCACCGAAUCAACACCACGUUCCCUCUCUCAAGUACUGGUCCGGCCAUCCUCCAAUUGGUUCAGAUUUCUGCUCUAACCUUCACCAAUGGAGGUGACAACGACAUCAAGUAUGUGUUUUUCGAGGCAUCAACCAUCUCUGGAAUUUUACAUGCAAGCAUGUACCUGGAUGCUGUCAUCUUACCUUACUAUACUGGUUUUGAUGCUCUAGUGAAAUCAACUUUUUCGGGUGAGUGUCCAUCUUGUGUAUGUCGAAAUGAAGAUUUGGUAGUGGGAGGGACACUGGUAUCCUACACAGGAUGGUCCUUGACCACUUUUUUGGUUGUGGGUACCCUGUGCUGGAGAGUGGUAUGCAGGCUCUAUGGAAAGAAACUAGGAAAGUUCAUACUUAUUAUUAGGUCUUUGCUGGAGGGUUCAAGUUGGAUCUUGAUGAUAAUAGAUUGUGUUUAUCUCACCACAAACUCACCACCAGAGAGAUUGAUGUUGCGAGUUGCUGCUUUUGGAGGCAUACUUGUUUUGAUUUGCCUUUGUGUAAUUAGAGAAUUAUGCACCUGUAUCACACAACUACAUUCUGUGUAUAAAAGUAGGGCAGCAGAUGUCUGCAACAGAAGCAAGAUAGAAAUGACAAAAUGAUGUAACAUAUAUUUUCAUAGCCAAUGAACUAUAAUCAUACGAAGAUUAUUCCAAGAGUAA